AUGGAUACCAAUGAGGCUUCUUCCUGUCUGGUUGAGCAACUUGCCGUCGAUCCAGAGAGGCAGAGUAGUAGCCCGGCAUGUCCCAAUGAUGGCGACGAAAAAGAAUCUGUCUUCAAAGGUCUAGGAAUACUGGAUCGUUUCCUUGCGGUAUGGAUUUUCCUUGCCAUGGCGAUUGGCAUCAUUCUGGCGAACUUCGUCCCCAAUGCUGGUCCUGCGUUGCAAGAAGGAACAUUUGUCAGAGUCUCAGUGCCCAUUGCUGUUGGUCUUCUCUUGAUGAUGUACCCUGUCCUCUGCAAGGUCCAGUAUGAGACUCUGCAUCGUCUUUUAAGAACCCGUCGGCUUUGGAUUCAAAUCGCAUUUAGCAUCCUUUUGAAUUGGAUUAUUUCUCCCUUCUUCAUGCUGGCAUUAGCCUGGGCUUUCUUACCCGAUGAGCCAGAGCUGCGUCAGGGGCUGAUCCUGGUAGGAAUAGCACGAUGUAUCGCCAUGGUCUUAAUUUGGACAGGCUUAGCAGGCGGGGAUGGAGACUAUUGUGCAAUAUUGGUGGCGGUCAAUUCGCUUCUUCAAAUGGUUCUUUUUGCACCGCUGGGAGUGUUUUUCAUCCAAGUUAUCAGUGGUGACACUGUCAGUUUCGAAUACGCGAUGGCUGCCAAAAGCGUCGCGGUAUUUCUUGGAAUCCCUUUGGGUGCCGCUAUUCUUACACGAUUUACAGUUCGGGGGUUGGCAAGCGAGCGGUGGUAUGAUCAAGUAUUUCUGAAGUGGAUCGGUCCAUGGUCUUUAAUCGGCCUCUUGUUCACAAUCCUAGUCCUGUUUGCCUCCCAAGGCCGCCAGGUGGUUCACCAAAUUGUCUCCGUUGUUCGAGUUGCCGCGCCUCUCAUCGUAUACUUCAUCAUUAUCUUUUUCGCUACUUUAUUUAUCUGCUACAGGCUAGGAUUCGGCUACAAACUGGCGACAACUCAAAGUUUUACCGCUGCUAGCAAUAACUUCGAGCUGGCUAUUGCUGCUGCCAUUGCGACAUUCGGGGCGAAUAGUGACCAGGCUCUUGCCGCUACUGUUGGACCCCUAAUUGAGGUUCCGGCCCUGCUUGGCCUUGUCUAUGCCGUUAAGCUUGUGGCGAAACGCUUGGGAUGGAAGGAUUAG